UCCCCAUUCUCCUCCUGCCGUAUCCCCACCGGCUAGUCCAACCCUAGCCGCCAGACAUCCCGCCACCGCAUCCUCACCGGUCAACUUCGUCCGGCAACCUCGACCCCACCCCAAAGAAGGUCGUGUCCUCGAGCAGCCCUUCUUCGUGACGCUCGCGACUCCUUCAAGCUCGCCCCAUUCCGCCCCCACCUGACAGCAGCCGGCACCCCCGUCGUCGGCGACGCUGCUCCUCUGCCCCGCCGUCGCCGCUCGAGAAGCUCAAGAGUUGUUGAAAAUGGUUGCCGAAUGGACUAUUGAGAACACUCGGAUUAUCACCGAGUUGUUUGUCCAGCAAGUGAGAGCUGGAAAUAGGCCAAAUACUCACUUGACCUCCAAUGCAUAUGAUGAGGUGGUGAGGCAAUUCAAAAUAAGAACAGGGUUGGAGUACACAAAUGAUCAAUUGAAGAACAAAUGGGACAAACUAAGAGGUGAAUAUGGUGUAUUCAAGAAACUUAAGUUGAAGGAGACAGGAGCGGGAUGGGACACAGAGCGCAACACUGUGAAACAAGAUGCUGAGUGGUGGAAGAAGGCAAAGAUAGACAUUCCAGGUUGUUACAAGUUCAGGAAGCAUGGACUUCGCAAUGAAGAGAACUUGCGCAUCAUGUUUGAAGACAUCACAAGUGACGGUUCCGAUCAUUGGAAUCCGACUUCUGGCAUCCCCCCUACUUCUACUGCACUAAUAUCAAGUGCCAUAAAUCUUGAGCAAAUAGAAGAUGUUGAUCUGUUGGAGGAUCCCGAAGAGGCACCAUCUCCUAUUACACCAAAGGUUAAUAAGAGGCUUGGCAAGAUCAUUUGUGACACAAACAAGAAACCCAAGACCGCACAAGUGAUGCAGGAGCAGAUUACAAUGAUCGGGGACAUUUGUAAGGAAUCACAUUCGUCGUUUCAGUCGUUCUUUAAGCACGAUGACACCACCUCUGUUGCAUCUGUUAUGAAGGAAGCAAUUGCUUGUGGUGCAAUAGAAGGCAGCGAUGAGCACUUCAUUGCCUCUGAGCUUUUCAUCAAGAGAGAGCAAAGGGAGAUGUUUUUGAGCAUGAGUGUUCACACUCGUUUGGGUUGGCUAAAGAGGAAGUUCAAUGUCAAGUACGGGAACUAGUAGUUCCCAGUUUAUGCCAUAUAUGUGAUGGUUGCUUAUGUCCUAUGCUACCGAACCAUUUUAUUUACUAUGUCAGUGGUUGAACAAUAUUUUAAGUACUCACUCUUGAACAAUUGUUUCCUAUAUGGCUUGUAAUAACUGGAUCGAUAAUAUUUAUGUAUGGAGUGGAGUUUCGUCUUCAUAUUUCUUGUUCU